UCAAAUAUUUAUAAAUAUUAGUAGACACUACAUUGGAAAUUUUUAGUGACACUAAACUUUCCUUUCGGACGGUACAAACGGUGCGCGCGCAUUGGUUAACCUGCGGGUGGAAUAGCGAUGGAGCACCGCCCACCGUUUAUCUUUCUCGCACAAAUGCUUACUGGACUAGGUGCGACAAGGAUAGGGAUGUAUCCUGGUUUAUCUCUCACUCUGGAGCGGCUUGCCGUGUCGCUUAAGCGUGGCGAGCGUUCCAGUUUGCUAUAUAUUCGGUGACAGGGGCAUUCUCCGCACCCGGAGGAGUGUUCAUCUGCAGCCGUGCGGUUCGUUGCAGUCCGUUGCAGUUCACGGUGGUUGACGGGCUUAACAUUCCAGAAGAACAAGUGCACUUUAUGAGUGCUGACACGAGCCGUGAGCCUCCGCACCGCACGAGGUAUGACGUACUCGCAAUGCGCUCUGCCUGUACGUCAAAUUUCCUGCAGUCCAUGGGCCGCGUCGCAAUGGGUUGAAUACCCGCUAGGAGAGUGCCGAUACCCGCGAAAGAGGAAGGGAAGAGGUGAAAGUGGGAAGGACGUUUCCCAGUAAACACGACGAGGAAAGGACAGGACGGAAAGGGAAGUUUUUCAAACUGUCUUCCUUCUUCGUCGUCGCAGCAAUGGAGAUCAAGGGACCUCUCUUACAAGGAAUCCUGCUGUUCCCUCCGCAGGGAAUGUUGGGCCAGCUCAAGAAAACGUGGCACAAGAAAUACUGCCAACUUUUUCAGGCUAGCAAGUAUGGCAUAGAGCGGCUUGAGAUUUAUGAUAAUCAGGAUGAAGCGGUGUCUCAACAACAUUCCCCAAGGAUUAUCACGCUGGAAGCCUGUAUUAAAAUCUCGCCGAGUAAUCAGCCUCGUGUCUUUACCGUGGUCACGAAAACAGGCACUUACCACUUUGGGUGUUCCUCCGAUACAGACAUGGCAAACUGGAUCGGCGCAAUUCAGUCUGUUGCGUUUAAAGAUAAUCAUUCGUGUCAAAAUAUAGAAGAAGAUAACGAUCUGUACUGCACCAGUGGCGAGGGAGUAUUUUCUGUUAAAUUAGUGGAGACGGAUGCUUCAAAGCGUUGCAACUUGGAGUCUAAAAACUAUACUUUGAUCGUCGCAGCGGCAGAUAUUAAGUUAAUGGACGGAGACUCCGUACUGUAUGCUUGGCCAUACAGAUACAUCAGAAGAUACGGCUACAGGGAUGGGAAAUUUACGUUUGAAGCUGGAAGGAAAUGCGAGUCAGGGGAAGGUUCGUUCCGCCUGGAGCACAGCAAUCAGCAAGAAAUCUUUAGAUGCAUAUCAUCAAAAAUGAAGUCAAUGAAGAAGUUACUUGGCACGGAAGGUAGUCCUAGCAUAGAGUGCAACGAUGCUCAGUUUCACGCAGCCCUGUCCAUGGAAGCCGGUUCUCGUUCACCUUUGCCCCCAUCUCCAAACAGUUCUGCAAGCCUAAUCGACAUUGACUUCACAACCAUCUCGCAAAAUUCUCAAAAACAUCUCAACUCGUCAUCUUCGAGUCUGGAGUCCAUUUCAUUCAUAAAGCCUCCACCACCCAUUAUUAAACCAAAACCUGCAAAACCACCAAGAAAACACAUCUUCGCAGCGUUACUGGAAAAGAAGUCUCUGGAUCCCGAGUUUCUAGAUUUACCGGCGUGUGGUAAAUACCGGAAGUUAACCCAACACGAAUCUCCGGAGCUCCUACCAAAAAAUCCUGGAAACGCAAAGGAAGAAGAUGAGAAGCAUUCGUAUGAUCUUGUGGAAGUAAGAAGCGAUGCGUGGAAGACGCACGGCAUAGAUAGCGUUCCACACACGGAGAGACCGAAUCGAUAUUUGCUCGACAAUAAAUCUGUUGACAAAGAAGCUGCAGAUGAUGAGUCUCAGUAUGAGUUGAUGAUUCCAGCUCCCCAAAACUUAGCGAAGCAUAAAUCUAGUGUCAUGGAGACUGUAACUCCAACGUCGCCGAUCAUCCACAAUGAUAUCGCUUCCAAAACUGACUCUCCGAAUUACGACAAACUACAGCAUUUCGGGUCGACACAUAAGCUCAAUCACAAUUCAGGAUACAAGAUGCCAAAUCUACAGAGUUUAUCUCAAACUUCUCAGUAUAGUUCUAGUGCCGCUCCAACGAAUUUGGAAUCAAACCCUUCUUGGAAUGACUACGAUAUCAUCGAUGACAUGUGUGCAGUUAGAUUAGCUGACGACAGCCACCUUGGUUAUGGAAUAAUUAGAAAAAAAAGUAACUCAUCGACUCCUGACACUAGCAACGUAGGGCCAAAGCACAAAGUCUACAAUGAAAGUGAAUACGCAAUUGUAUCGAAACCUAAGAGAGUUUGAAACAAACAAAGGUUAACCUGACACGAAGUGAAAGUAUGGGUGUGUCUAAUCUGUAAACGAUUUUAAACAUACAAUACGCUUAUUAAGUAAGCCAUAUUGUGCGAUCGAUUGAACUGCCUUGGGAGAUUUUUAAGGAGUCAAUUUGUCCUCGCCGAAAACUACUUAGUGGCCCAUAUUAAAGGAGUUUAUCUCCUUUAUUCAAACUGUCUUUUUUAUUUUUAGAUAUGUAUACUUGACUGAUCAAAGCUCAGAUCUAGUGCCUUAUUAAUGUUACCCAAUUAUUACUUUAAACAAUAACGUGAGCCAAAUUUUUUAAUAAGUCAAUGAGUCUUACGCCUUUGUAAAGCAGUAUGGCUUGCCUAAACAUUUCCAAAAUUAGUAUGUGUAACAAGUUAGAAGCAAUGUAGAAUAUUUAAAUUAAGGACAUAUUUUGCAAACAGUUGGAUAACAUCAAAAAAUUGCAAUACUAAGCGUAAAAUUGUUUUAUUAUUUUUAUAUAUGAGUGUAGUUUAACGAGUGGUGCAUCACAUAUUUUUUACAAAUGGUCGAAAGAUGUAAUGACACAUUUUGUAGGAGUGACCAAAGAAUGGCAUUUAAAGAUACUUAAUGAGAGACCAGUGAGACAAAUAAAAUCGAACCAUUCAAUUUUAUUGAAAGAUAUUGCUUUUAUCUAGAAUUGAUGUUCAGGAAACUAAUGGAACUAAAUUUGGUGGAUUUAUCUGCAUUAUUUCUGUGAUUUCUGGAACAAAACUAGUGGUUCAAUGUUUUAACUGGUUACCAAGAGUAAAUAUAACUCAAACAAUGAAAAUAUUCAUAUUUAUACUUUCUAUUUGUUUUCUAAAAUGAAAUUAUAAAAUCCUGUGAGUCCAUUGUAUUAGUAUAAUCGUUUGUGACAAGGUAAUCAAACAAAUUGACAAUUGCAACAGAAUAUGUACGCUAGCUAAGCUUGUCGUCAUGUUGCACAUAAUAUGUUUGUAUCAAUAAUUUCCGUAUUUAUAAGAGAGUUUAUAAUUUGUAUAUCAUCCAGCCAGAAGUUAAUAUACUUUGAGGUAAAAGUUU